CGGCUCUUUGUCGAAGCUAGAGGACCGGCAGGCGGCAGCAGCAACUACGGCGGCGGCGGCAGAACCCAGCAGUGAUGUGGAGGUGGAGACCCACAGGAGCCCCGGACUUCACCUGAGCUACCUCAGGGUUUUCUGGAGUCUGAGAUCGGAUACUUCACAGUUCUCACCUGAAAUCCAUGGAAAGGGGCUUAAGGAAAGUUUUGUCACUGGUAUUCCAUUACCCAUAGACCUAGGUGCUCACCCUCUCUUUCUGGCCACGGUUCCCAGCCUCCUUAUAGCCUAUUCAGACACUUAAUACCAGUUCUGAUUCCACUUCCAUAACUAUAAUAAGGUGAAAUCUAACCCAGCUCUGUUCUCUCCCUGCCCCCUCCUUGGCCUAUUAUCAUUGGUGAGAUGAGGUGGCUUCACCCCAACUCCCUCCCUCUUCUGUUAGCUAGGCAAGUGCGAAUCAUUCUGACCCAGACCGGGGCACAAGGGCCGGGGCAGGACUUCUGACAAGCUGACCAGUCCAGGCCAAGUGCUCAUCUCUCAGGUUCUCUAUCUCCAAAGCCGCUGCCUCUCUGGCCUGCCUCUCGCUUGACUGCCUGACUAGUAGUCGGAAGAGUGGCCUCUCGGAGGGCUCCUGUUUGACACAGUUCUCCUCUUUCCUAGCAGUCACCAAGGGUGGCAAGAGAAGGAAGCAAGCCCUGAGUUGGGGGGGGCCAGGAUGCCUGACCGGGACAGCUAUGCCAACGGCACUGGGAGCAGCGGCGGAGGCCCUGGAGGCGGCGGCAGCGAGGAGGCCGGUGGGGCAGGGGCAGGCAGUGGCGGCGCCAGCUCGGAUGCCAUCUGCAGAGACUUCCUGCGGAACGUGUGCAAGAGGGGCAAGCGUUGCCGCUACCGUCACCCAGACAUGAGUGAGGUGUCCAACUUGGGGGUGAGCAAAAACGAGUUCAUCUUCUGCCAUGACUUCCAGAACAAGGAGUGCAGUCGCCCAAACUGCCGCUUUAUCCACGGCUCCAAGGAAGACGAGGAUGGGUAUAAGAAGACGGGCGAGCUUCCGCCUCGGCUGAGGCAGAAAGUGGCAGCUGGCCUGGGCCUCUCCCCAGCUGACCUGCCAAACGGCAAGGAGGAGGUCCCUAUCUGCCGCGACUUUCUCAAGGGUGACUGCCAGAGGGGAGCCAAGUGCAAGUUCCGGCACCUGCAGCGGGAUUUUGAGUUUGAUGCUCGUGGCGGAGGAGGUGCUGGUGGCGGGGGCUCGGCAGGCCCCGUUCCCCCAGGGCGGCGUCACGAUCUCUACGAUAUCUACGACCUCCCUGACCGGGGCUUUGAGGACCACGAGCCCGGCCCCAAGCGCCGGCGAGGUGGGUGCUGCGCCCCUGACGGCCCCCAUUAUGAAUCCUACGAGUACAGCCUGGCCCCACCCCGAGGCGUGGAAUGCAGACUGCUCGAGGAGGAGAACGCCAUGCUCAGGAAGCGGGUGGAGGAGCUGAAGAAGCAGGUCAGCAACCUGCUGGCCACUAACGAGGUACUGCUGGAGCAGAACGCCCAGUUCCGCAACCAGGCCAAGGUCAUGACCCUGAGCUCUACUGCCCCGGCGACUGAGCAGACUCUGGCCCCCACCGUGGGCACUGUUGCCACUUUUAACCAUGGCAUCGCCCAGACUCACACUACACUCAGCAGCCAGGCCCUGCAGCCUCGCCCCGUAUCCCAGCAAGAACUGGUGGCUCCCGCUGGGGCUCCAGCCGCUCCCCCGGCUAAUGCUGCACCUCCUGCUGCCCCGCCCCCCCCCCCCCCCCACUUGAACCCAGAGAUCACGCCACUGUCAGCUGCUCUGGCUCAAACAAUCGCCCAGGGAAUGGCACCCCCGCCCGUCUCCAUGGCUCCCGUGGCCGUGUCCGUGGCCCCCGUGGCCCCCGUGGCCGUGUCGAUGGCCCAGCCCUUGGCAGGAAUCACAAUGAGCCACACCACCACUCCCAUGGUGACAUACCCCAUCGCGUCCCAGAGCAUGCGUAUCACAGCCAUGCCGCACUGACGGGGCUCACGGACACGCCCGGCGUAGCUGCCUGGGGCUGGGGCCGAGGCCCCUCCCCACUUGCUGAGCCCUCCAGGCCCUGUCUGCAGGCCCACGCAAGGACUGGGGCGAGAGACCACGGGGAGUUCGCUGCUGAGACGGGUGGGCGGUGUGCUUUCUCUCGGCUCCCUUUUGUGAGGGUGCUCUUGCCUACCUCCCUUCGAGCCUCCCAGAGGGGGCUUGACAGGAGUGCAGACUGAAGCCAGCACAGAGGAAGGACUGCCUGAGGGCAAGUCGGGGACAUCCCUGUCCGUGGCCCUCAUGCACAGCACAGGUUUCAGCCCUGGCUUUGGAAGAAAAAACGCUACCCCGCCCGAAGGGACAGCCAGGUGACGUGGGGAGGGGUGGCAAGGAGGCCUAGCAGGAGCUUCAGACACCUUGGGGCCUAGCUGAGCUGGACAAAACAGGAAUUGCUCCCGGGCCUUGGGAAGGCGGGACCAUGAUACUCCAGCCCGAAGGCUAGGGAAGGAGUUGCUACCUUGGCUUGGCCUGGAGCUCCAUAGGGCAGGGCCCGCAACUUUCCAAAGAAAUAAAAAUACUUAUUUUUAACAAAUGAAGGCAGUGAGACUUGCUCAGAUACUCUGUGGAAGAGGGGAGCUGUAACUAGAACUCAUGCAACAUGGGGCACCAUCAUUAGCUCGGGCCAGGUUGGACAGAUGCCAGUGAAAGGGGUCGGGGCCCACUGGGCUAAAGAGCCGGAGCCACCUAGUCUAGCGUAAAAAUAGGCCCAUCUGUUGCUGGUUUCUGUCUGCAUGGACUCUCCCCAGGUUGCCUGGGUAACCAGGGCUCCUGGGGUCAUGGGGGGCGCCACGCAGGGUGCGUGUGCUUCACGGGGCCCGGAUGUGUGUGCCGGAUCCGCCCUCGUUGGAACAGCAGAGCAGGUGGCACUUGCCCUCUGAGUGUUGAUGGCACUUAGUGCCCCUCCUGCCCGGCCCUUCCUCCGUUCCCAAGGCCUUAAUCCUCCUGGCUCGGGAGGGGCUGGGCCGGGCGGGGUUCUUCUAGGGACACACAAGUCUCGCUUCAUCCCUUUCUUCUCAGCUCCCGGAGGCUGCAGCAUUUUCAACCCAAUUAGGAGUCAGCCGAGACUGGCGUCCGUUCCUGCAGCCCCUGGCCGACGCAGGGGAAACAGCUCGGGUGUCUGGUCUACAGGGACAGCGGACUGGGGGUAGAGAGAGUGAUCCUGGCCAGUGUUCCCCGUCGUACCUCCUGCUACCUCUUGCUUUCUCGUCUGGGUGGUCACCCAGCUUACACCUGGGGGUGAAGACGGGUGGGCUGCAUCGAGAUGGUCAUUUGAAAGUGGGCAAAUAACUGAAAUGCUGUUGUGGGUUUUAGAAAGCACACAUUGGGAAGCUUCAUGUUGAUUUGACGUAUUCUGGAUUAUUAAAAAGAGCUGGUUUAUGGACACUCGCACAUGAACCUGUGAUCACGGAUCCCAAGAUGAAUUCAUUCCAGCCAAGUCCUGACAAACUCUCCUUUGUGCCAGGUAUUUCUAGAGACUUCUAGAGCGUGGAUUUGGGAAACUGGACACGGUAGGCCUUUAUUAACACACUCCAGCUAGCGGCCCAGGGACACUAGUUGAACCAGCUGUUGCAUGUUCACUGCGAGGGAGAGCACGCCACGGGGCCAGGGUCUCUCAGCAAGAGGGGUCAGAGCACUGGAGGGCUUAGCUUAGAGGUGAUUUGGGAGAAGCAACUUUCACGGGCGCGGGGCUUCACACUGGAGUGGGUGCUACCAGUGAGGCAGGAUGAGUCUUCAGUUGACCUCAUUCAAGGGCAGGUCAGUGAAGCGGAAGCUGCUGGCUGUCUGUGACGAGCGAUGAAGCAGCAGCCGCUGGCUGGGGCAAGGGGUGUUUGCUCCUCUCUGGGUCACACACAGCCCUCAUCCCCUGCUCUAACAGUGAUCUUGUUUUGUGCCUCAGUUCACCGUAGCCCCCGAGUGACUGUACUGCCGGUGCUCUGUGCGGUCGUGUCCGUCAGGAGAACGUAAUUUCCUAGCUGCGAGCCUCACGUUGACCCUGGCAGGUCAGUGGAGCUGUUCCGGGACAGUCGCCUGCUAGUCACCGCAGACCAGGGCGAACUACGGUCAGUUAACGGUGCUGGGUGUGAUUCAGAGUUGAGUUUGUGUCUGAGAAGUACUGAUGAGCCGGGGACACUCAGAAGCCGCUGUCUCCAGUGAGGUGCCAGAGGCCAUGUUUUCCUUGUUUAAAAGGCGUAAAAAUAGGAAAAACCAUGUUCUCCACAGUAAUAAUACUGGAAUGUAACUUGCACUGGCUGCAUUUAUCCUACAAGUAAAUCUGGCCCAACUUGAAUGGGCCCACUCCGCCUCUCCGAGGAAAUGCAGAGAUCUUCAUAGCAGUAGUUACAUGAGAACCUCCGAAACUUUCAGUUGCCUCCAAAAUAAUUAAGAUCUUGGGCCUCAGCAGAUGUGAUUCUGACUGUUCACUGCUCUGUGCAGCCCCGGAGCCCCGCGGAGGACCAGCGCCGCCGCCGCCGGCGGAGAGUGGGGUGCGCCGAGCGCUGUGUCAGUGCUGAGCAAGCGAAGGCUACGGGGAGACCUAAUCGCCAUCCUCAAAUACCUGAAGGGCUGCUCAGUGGGGGAAGGUGCGGUCUUGCGCAAGCUCUGGGGUAACAGCUGACACCUCCGGGUGGUCCGCGCACACCACACGCUUGCUAGGUUCUUUCCGCAGUGUCUCGCCCACGGCCGGUGCUGUUACCGGGCCAGCGGCCUCCUGGCCCCAGACUUGGCGUAAGAAAGCUCCACCAGCAGAGCCACUCGGAAUGGGCCGCAGCAAGAAGCGGCCCAGGCGCGGCGCUUGGCUGCAGGGCCGGGUCUGGCUUCCCCUCGCCCAGACUCCCUUUCCGGCCCUGUCCGUUAUCGCCAGCAGGGGGGCGGGCGCAGCUCUGCCGCGGGCGCCGCCCUGUUUACGUUCCUGCGCUGGCACUGCUGCUGCAGGCCCUGUGGCUACUGGCCCCAGCGGGGAGAGGCCUUCCAGGGAUGAGUUACCACCCUCCACGCACUGUCCUCAGGCAAUGUGACGCUGCGUGUGGGCAGGGAAGUGUGCAAGGCACCCUAGCCCCCUGGCCACCCCCAGCUGAGGGGCUCCCUCCCGGCCAGCUCAGUUUCUCCACUGGGAGUGGCGCAUUGGCGCCACCGCUCUGCUUCAGCAGCUGGCCAGCUCAUCCUUAUGCGGCUGCGCGAGCUCGCGGCUGCGAAGUCUCAGGAGGAAGACAGGCAGCUGUUGCUUUACUGCUCUGCAGUCUAGGAAAACAGCCCCGAGAAGAGAAAGGGAAGUGAGAGCAUUUCAGAUGGAGGGAGGCGGGCCGCAGGGUAGGCAGCCAGAUGAAACCCAGCACGAAAUCUGCGCCUGCAGAGCCAGAUAAAGUCUGCAGACUGAUCGCCAGCCACCGUCACUCCUUCCCCUUUGCACUAAGGCGCGACGGGGCUCAGCCUGGCUGCACCGAGGGGUGACCAUCUCAUGGCCAGCGGUGGCCUCCUGGGUCCAGUUACUCUAGUUUGCUCCGUGGCCAGCGGGCUACUGCGCCUCUUCCUUGAGCCCAGGACCGCGCCGGCCGUUCCACCUGCCCGCAGGCCGGGGGAGGUGAUGAUCACCUCGUUAGUCGGGUUCUCACUCCGUCCUAGCAGCUCCGCAGGGUCAGCAAACUCUUGGAAAGUCCAAUUCCGCGACAGCUGACCGCGCCCUUUGGGGCCGACGUCGCUUUACUUGCCCUGUCGGACAGAGCCGAGCCUCGGCCUCGGGUCGGUGCCCGUCACCUUCCCUCACCUGCAGGCCGGAUUAGCU